CUGUGGAGACUAAUUGUUAAAAUAAUUUUAAAAAUUAAAAAAAAAAUAUUUCUCCUUCCAGAUAUGGCUAGUAAAUCAACAACGCCAACAAUAAUUAUUUUCUCAUUAUUUUUUAUUUUACUUAUUAAUUCAAUUUUAAUAUGUUCACAAGUGAAUGCCCAGAAAGCACAUCCAAAAGAUGUCGAAACAACUAUAAAUAAAAACUUUUUAAAUAUAGAAUUUAAAAGGAAAUUUGGAAAUUUAAAAGAAGGGUGUUUCCCGAGACCUAAAGGUGUGGGUUGUCGAUGUACUGAAAAAGAUGAGAAUGGAUAUGAUAGAGAAAAAAUUUUUGAAACUGAAGCAGAAUGUAGAGUGGAGAAUACUUCUGGCUCUCGUAAAAGAAGACGUGUAGCAGAACAAAAAACUAAAGAAGCUGAUAUUCCAACAGCUACACGGGAAAAAACAAAAACAGCUAACAACAACAAUAACAGAGUAGAUCCAAUAGAAGAACGUGCUCGCCAAAAUUAUGCUGCAGUAAUUAAAGAAUUGAAAAAUAAAUUUGCUGGAUUGAGAGAAGGGUGUUAUCCGAGACCUAAAGGUUGCCUAUGUGUUGUUGGCAAAGACGCAACAGGACGUGAAAUAACUUCUCGCCGAAUGAAAGAUUCAGAGUGUAAAUGCGCCCCUGGUGAACGUUCAAAAGAUUGCCCAGCACAAGGGGCUUAA